AUGAGUAGUGAAAAGGUUCUUUAUCGCCAUGAAGAACCCCACGGUCAAGGGGAUGCAUAUUUCUUGUGGCAAACUGGCGCUUCAGCACAGCUUUUAGCAAGCACCGGUAGUGAUGGCACAGUGGCGAUAUUCAACCGGCAAGGUCAGCUGCAGGAACGGAUCGUUUUGCAAGGACUUUGCGCUGGAUUUGCUUGGGAUCGAGAUGGAGAUAUAUUAGCUAUGAUUACGGCUAAUUCACAUCAGCUCAUAAUAUGGGAUUCUAAUUCCCAGAAAAAGCAUACCGUUGAUAUAGGACUUCGGGACCUGCCAAGCUGUAUUAUAUGGUCUAAAAAAGUCGCUGUAUUGGCUGUUGGGACAUCGCGUGGUAAUCUAUCGAUAUACAAUCAUAUUUCCACUAAGCGCAUUCCAAUUCUUGGGAAACAUACAAAACGUAUCACUUGCGGAGCUUGGUCUACCGAAAAUAUACUAGCUCUUGGCAGUGAGGAUAAAUAUCUCUCAUUGAGCAAUGAAGAGGGUGACACUCUAAGGUCGAUUCAGCUACGUGAUACCCCAAGCGAUAUGUUCUUUGCUGAAAUGAAGACCGACGAACGUGUCCCAGGCGAAAAUACUAUCAGUAUGAUUUUAGGUAAACGAACACUUUUCCUCUAUCAUCUUCCCGAACCGGACUCUCCUACUGAACUAGGGUUUCAGCAGCGUUAUGGAUCCUUACUACAACACAAAUGGUUCGCGGAUGGCUAUAUUUUAUUGGGAUUUAGCCUAGGCCAUGUUGUAGCCAUUUCAACGCAUCCGCGUGAGGUCGGCCAAGAAUUAUGGCAAGUAAAGAACCACCGCGAUUCUUUAAAUAGCAUUGCGGUUUGCAAAGAACUGGAGUUAAUUGCUUCAUGUGGCGAUAAUAACAUAAAAAUACAUUCCAUGAGCAAUCUACAAGAAACAGUUAAAAUUCUUAGUUUGCCUGAUCAAGCAGCACUGAAACAUGUUGAAUGGAGUGCAGACGGACAACUGCUUGGAGUAACGACAUCCCAGGGUGCAAUUUGUGUGUUUGUAACAAAGCUCCAUUCGCUUUAUGCUGUUUCGCCUCCAAGAAUUGCAGUAUUAUCUAGCUUAGCGGAGAUAGCUAUCUAUCAUUACACUCCCAAUCGGCAAAAAUCACCACCAAUACUUGUACCACUCGAAAUAGAACCUUCUUUUCUGACAAUUGGCCCAUAUCACAUGGCAUGUGGUAUGAACAAUCACGUCUGGUUUUAUGAUUUGGGUCGUUCUGUUAAGGACAGUCCACUGUUACUCGGGGAUCGUGAGUACAUGUCGGAGAUUAAACAGGUUGCUCUCAGUUCAGAAUACUGUGCAGUGCUUUGUGGCGGGCAAAUAAUGCUUCAUUCAGUUGAAUCAUCAAACGAAACCACUCAAAGCCGUGAGCCAAAAAUUUUUCCUGAUGAAAUACGAGGAAUUGCGCAAUCUGUUAUAACAUGCCUUGGAAUGACGAAUGAUUUUUUAAUUUUUGCAACUGAUCUCGGAACCGUAAUAUAUUUCUCGCUUGAAAGUUGGUCUACGGUUUUGCAAUACCGUCAUCAGGCCGGAAUACGAGCCAUCUAUCCUGAUGUUGACGGAACUCGAUUGGUGUUUAUUGAUGAUCACAGUUUAGGUUUCAUGUUUAUUGCCGCAUCUGAAGAAUCAUUGCGAAUUCCUGAUUUUCCAAAACAUUGUACGGGUGUUAUGUGGGAUUUUUCGCAAUCCCACGUAUUUGUGGCAAAUGAUCGUACAUCUUGUAUCACAUAUGCUUUUGUUCGUAUAUCAGUUCGGGGUAAAAUUGUUGAAAAAGUAGGAACAACAUCUUUAAUUAGUGAACAGAUUCCUCUUAUGCUGUUUGAUGGAGACUUAUGUCUCUACGGGAACGGGGGAAAGCUAACCUCUGUUGUGUUGGACACGCACUCCAAUAAACCGGGCCGCGAUGUCAAGGAACAACUUCGUACGACAAAGCUUAUGCGUAAAUAUGCUGAAGCUUGGGAACUUUGCAAACUUAUUAACGAUAUUGAGGAAUGGAACAACUUAGGAAUGACUGCGAUUGGCGACCUAAACAUUUCUUUUGCAAUUAAAGUAUAUCGUCAAAUUGGAGACGUUGCUAUGGUUUGUGCGUUAGAAGAGAUAAGCCAAAUUGAGGACUUAAAUACGCUCGCUGGAUUUUGUGCAGUUUUGCGAGAUGAAAUUGAAGAUGCAAAAACCCUGUUUACUAAAAGCGGAAAUCCAUCAGAAGCGCUUGAGUUGUGUCGCGAUCUUCUGCAAUGGGAUCAAGCAAUGGCAUUGGCAAAUACUCUCGCUCCAGAACAGAUACCAUUUCUCGCGCGUGAAUACGGCGCUCAGUUGGAAUUUACCGGAAAUAACACAGAAGCAUUGAUGAAUUUUGAACGUGGCCUUAAAAUCGCUGAAGCUGGAAACAACGCCGCAUCUCAAGAAGAACAAUUAAAACUCAAGCAGCGACAACAACUAAACGAUCAACAUAUUAAACUAUGCAAAGCCGGAAUUGCACGGACAAGCAUUAAAUGUGGUGAUGUACGCCGAGGCCUCCAAUUGGCUGUAGAGUUGAACGACAAACAAUUGUACAACGAGUGCGGUGAAGCGAUGAUUGCUACAGGUCAUUUAUCUGAGGCAGCUACUAUGCUUGAGAAAGGAGAAAGUUGGGACAAGGCCGCCGAAAUUUUCAUUCAGUUGAAGCAAUGGAAAAAAAUUGAUCACAUUUUACCCCAUGUCGUAAGUCUCAAGCUGCAUGCAACUUACGCGAAGGCAAAGGAAGCCGAAGGGCAAUUUGCGGAUGCCAUCACCAGCUACCAAAUAGCCGGAGAUAUGGAUGGAGUUGUGAGAAUCUAUUUACAGCAUCUCGAUGAUCCACAUUCUGCAUCGGAAAUUUUGCUUGAAACGCGUUCCAUCGAAGGAUCAAAAAUGUUGUCGAAAUAUUUUGAACAGCAUGGUGAUUACGAAUCUGCGAUUCAAUUUCUCGUACUUUGCGGCUGCAUAACAGAAGCAUUCGCUAUAGCACAGAAACAAAACAAAAUUAUAUACUACGGCGAAGUGUUGGAGCAUAGUUCUUCAGCUAAAUCGAGUGACUUUCUUCUACUUGCCGAAUUUUUUGACAAUGAAAAGUAUACUUUGUUAGCCGGAAAGUAUUAUUUUUUGGGCAAAGAUUACUCGAGAGCUUUGAAAUUGUUACUAAAAGCUGCAUCGGUUGGAAAUGACGAAAAUACAUCGCUAUCUUUAGCUAUAGAUUGCGUUGCAACUGCUGGAGACGAGAAAUUGUCCAAUCAAUUAAUUGAGUAUCUACUUGGAGAGUCGGACGGUGUCCCGAAAGAUCCAAAGCUACUGUUUCGUCUCUACAUGGCUAAACGUCAAUUCAAAGAGGCAGCCAAAGCAGCUAUGAUUAUUGCCAAUCAAGAACAGAUCGCAGGAAAUUAUCGUAGUGCGCACGAUUUGUUGUUUUCUAUGUAUCAAGAAUUAAAGCACAACCAGCUUACUAUUUCGAUUGAUAUGAAAAGUACGCUAGCACUGCUACAUCGCUACACGUUAGUCAGAGUUCAUGUUAAACGUGGUAAUCAUCUGUUGGCCGCAAAGCUACUCCUUGAAAUAGCGAAACAUAUAUCUCAAUUUCCUUCUCACGUUGUUCCGAUUUUAACUUCCACCGUUAUCGAAUGUCAUAGAACAACUCUUCGAAAAUCUGCUUUUGAACACGCGGUCAUGUUAAUGCGGUCCGAAUAUCGUAGCCAGAUUGAUGGUAAAUAUGCCAAGAAAGUAGAAUCCAUUGUUCGCAAAGCUCCACGUGGCCAACUGGAGGACGAGAAUGAACAAGAAUCUGGCCCUUGUCCUGUUUGUGAAACGCUUCUUCCGAACAUGCUCAUAGUUUGCGGACAGUGCAAAACAACGUUACCGAUCUGUAUUGCAACGGGUCAGCAUUUAGUACGUGAUGAUAUAACCGCAUGUCCGGAAUGUGAUUUUCCUGCAAUGAAAGAGGAAUUUAAAAAAGUUUUGGAAACGACCAACAAUCAUUGUCCAAUGUGCAAUGAAAAAAUUGAUCCCGAGCGGCUAGUGGACAUCGAAGACAUUCAGCCGUACAUCAACACUUAAGGUACUGCAUUUGGCUUAUGCUAGGCUUAGCUAUUACUGCAAAGUUUUGUAAUUAUUAAUUGUCAUCAAUUAUUGAUAAUACGGAUACUUUCGUUAGAGAACAUAAGUUUUUUUUAAUGCAUAAUUAUAUAUGUAAAUAAAUA